AUGUGCCCUCUAGGCGUUUAUGACCUACCUCCACACAAGGUUCCUGCUACCGACACCACCAGCCUUCAUCGGACAAUUGCGCAUGCUAUCAAAACAGGCGAGUUGCAGAUCAUAGACGACAUUGCAAUUGACAAUGGUAUCGACUACACAGUAUACAGUGUCCACAUUACGCCCAUCCAGGACCAAGGAAAGCUACUCUAUGUGGUUUUAUCGGUUCAUGACGUGACCAAGGAGUCAGUAGCCCGCCAGAGCAAUAAAGAGCUGGCUUAUAUGAACGAAACAUACAGGGUUCUCGUCGAUACCGUCAAAGAGUAUGCUAUUUUCAUGCUGGACACAACUGGCUGUGUGGCUACAUGGAAUUCUGGUGCAGCCAUGAUAAAAGGAUACAGCUCAGAUGAUAUUAUCGGUCGCCAUUUUUCGACAUUCUACGGCGAUUUGCUAGUCGAAGACAACAUUAUGAUCCAAACAAUCAUGCUCAAAAUGCUCAACAUAAUUGGCUUCGAGAAAGUCGACACAGCCUGGAACGGCGCCGAAGCAGUCCGCAAAGUCAAACAGAAACCCCUAUCCUACAAUGCUAUCCUGAUGGAUAUCAACAUGCCAGUCAUGGACGGCGUGGAUGCCACCAUCGCCAUUCGCAGGAUGAGCCAAGACGUGCCCAUUAUUGCCAUGACGGGUAAUGCGCUCAAGGGAGACUCGGAUGCAUAUCUCGCCAGUGGUAUGAAUGACUAUAUAGCGAAACCAGUUCAUCGUCAACACCUGGUCUCGGUUCUACUGAAAUGGAUCGGGCCGUAG